GUGUGUGUGUGUGCAGGUGUGUUUGAAGGAUAAGAUCAGACUUCUUUUUUUGUUGCAAGUGACUAGAUGAUUGCUGGCAAUCAGAGUCAAAUAGUGCAUAAACUCUGUCUGACCUUUCAGCACUUCAGCACAACAGGUGCACUAUAUCUGCAAAACUACCUUACUAACUACUUACUAAAAUAAGAGUCCAUAAAACGUUUUUAUUUCAAAGAAUACCUAUUUGUCUUGUUAAUUUCCUUAAUUUUAUUGUGUUGCAUGUCAUAAUUUUAAUAAUAAAGCCUCAGGACCAGACUUUCUGAGAUGAAAGAAAACACUCCAAACUGCACAACAGGUGUUUUUUUUUUUCUGUCUCCAGACACCUGUCCUCGAUCUGUCCUCAGCCUAUAGAUGAUCCACACAUUGUUGCACUUUAAAGCCAUUUAAAGCCAUUUAAAGCCAUUUCAAGACGUCUACAAAUAUGAGACGCUCCAACAAAACACACGCACAAACUUCUUCAACAAAAAAUGACAACAAUGCAAAGACAGAAGGUGCAGAGCUUCGACAUGUGGCACGACUACAUGGAGCUGGGCAGACUGCUGCAGAGGCUGAGCGACAACCGCGAGGAGAGUCCCAAGAGAGAAGCAGCCACCUGGAGCCACAUCCAGACCUCUUCUCGGCGGCAGACCAGCAGCAGCAGGAGCUCCGUGGAGACCAGCUCAACCAGCAGCCUCUCGGACACCAGCUGCAACGGGACUUCCUCAGACUGCUGUCGCUUCUGCAAGCAGAACGGAGAGUCUCCACGGGUGUACCGGUCACACCGGCUGAAAUCAGACGACGGGAAUGUGUGCUGCCCAAUCCUCUGGAGCUACACCUGUCCUAUCUGUGCAGCCACCGGAGACCGAGCUCACACACGCCGCUACUGCCCUCAGGCGGAGCGGGGAGAGGCGGUGAGGAUGCUGCCUGCAGCAGGCUCCAGCUUCUAGGACACUGUGCAUGGAAGACUGAGGAGAAAACAGUUAAGAAAACGUGUUUUGACCCAUGUGUUCAUGUUUACACAGACUGUUGUAUGGUUUCUAAGUAGUUUGUGAAAAGUGAAAUGUUUUGUUGUUUUUUAUGCAUUGUGUUACUGUCAUUCUGCAGCAGACAGUCUGCUUUUUGAAUUGUGUUGCAUGUCAUUCUGCAGCAGACAGUAUGCUUUUUGAAUUGUGUUGCAUGUCAUUCUGCAGCAGACAGUAUGCUUUUUGCAUUGUGUUGCAUGUCAUUCUGCAGCAGACAGUAUGCUUUUUGCAUUGUGUUGCAUGUCAUUCUGCAGCAGACAGUCUGCUUUUUGAAUUGUGUUGCAUGUCAUUCUGCAGCAGACAGUAUGCUUUUUGAAUUGUGUUGCAUGUCAUUCUGCAGCAGACAGUAUGCUUUUUGAAUUGUGUUGCAUGUCAUUCUGCAGCAGACAGUAUGCUUUUUGAAUUGUGUUGCAUGUCAUUCUGCAGCAGACAGUAUGCUUUUUGAAUUGUGUUGCAUGUCAUUCUGCAGCAGACAGUAUGCUUUUUGCAUUGUGUUGCAUGUCAUUCUGCAGCAGACAGUCUGCUUUUUGCAUUGUGUUGCUGUCAUUCUGCAGCAGACAGUCUGCUCUGCUGUGGGGAGCCUACAGAGUUAGUCAACAACAACCUUUUUACAACGUUAAAAAUGUUAUUAAACCAUGAAAGUGUUAAUAACUGGCAUUUUUGGAAAUGAGAAAACUGGCUUUUUUUUAAAAUCAAGAAUAAAUAUGGUAAAAAGUUA